AUGCACGCGGACGUCCCGGCCAUGCAGGUGAUGCAGCGGCUGCGCGGCCUCGAGCGCCUGCGCGUGUGGGGCGCGGUGCUGGCGCUCAAGGGCUGGAACGCGAUCGGCGAGCGCGUGAGCAUCUACUACCCCUCGGAGCGCAAGUGGUUCAUGGGCGUCGUGUCGGACUUCGUCGCGGAGACCUGGCAGCACCAGAUCAUCUUCGAUGACGGGGACGUGGAGGUGUGUCGCCUGGGGAUCGACCGGUGGGCGCGGAAGCCGGCGGCCGCGGACAUCCCGCUCGAGGGCGGGGAGGGCCGCGAGGGCGCGCUGUGGUUCGACCAGGAGUUCGGCACGGGGCGCGCGCCCGGGGAGGACCUGGACACGCUGAAGCAGGUGACGGGGACGUUCGGGGCGCACGCGUUCGCGGCGGGGCUGCAGCAGGCGGCGGCGACGGCGUCGCUGGUGCCCGGGGCGUCGCAGGCGAACCUGGAGAUGUGGACGAAGGGGCUCGGGCUGUGCAAGGUGCGCAUCGUCGCGUGGAAGAGGGCGCUCGGGAGCUCGCACGGCGGGUGGGUGAACAAGCCGCCGGACACCUUCCUGGUGCGCGUGCCGUACACGGACGGCACGUACAACGACAUGCACCUCGACCUCGACAAACACGUCCUCUACAUCCCAGGUGCGCGCGCACCUACGUACGGAAGCAAGCACGCGUGA